GACCCACCCCCGGCGGCGUGGGGCGAGGGGGGCGCCCCCGCCUUGACGUCAGGAGAAGGGUUUAUAAAGGCGGCGGGAGGCGAGGAGAUCCCCAACGCCGGAGCCGAGCCGCAGCGGAGCCGCCAGCGCCGACCCGCCGCCUCCUCUCCGCGCCCGACCCGCCGGCGAGAUGCUGUCGUGCCGCCUUCAGUGCGCCCUGGCCCUGCUCUCCAUCGCCCUGGCCCUCGGCACCGUCUCGGCCGCCCCCUCGGACCCGCGGCUCCGGCAGUUCCUGCAGAGGUCCCUGGCUGCCGCCGCCGGGAAGCAGGAACUGGCCAAGUACUUUUUGGCAGAACUGCUCUCAGAGCCAAGCCAGACAGAAAAUGAAGCCCUGGAGUCUGAGGACUUGUCCCGAGGGGCUGAGCAGGAUGAAGUGAGACUGGAGCUGGAGCGCUCGGCUAACUCAAACCCCGCUCUGGCGCCCCGGGAACGCAAAGCGGGCUGCAAGAACUUCUUCUGGAAAACUUUCACAUCCUGUUAGCUUUUGAAACCCACCUCUCCUCCCCAUUCAUCCCUGCCUUCUUCCUAGCCCCCGCCCUGAGCAGAACCUUCACCACAGAGGCGAAGACUGUAAAUACACAAUCCACGGUUAUGGUGAAAUUAAAGAAACAAGGAAAAUUUGAGUUUGAUUUCCAGUUGUUUUAAUAAAACUUUCUGUUCCAAUUGUACACAAUUUGCUUGAGUUGUGAUUUCUGACUAGUUCUUCAAUGACAUGCACUCUGCAACUCUUUCAGAUGUACUAUUUUUAAUUCUUUGUUGCAAUAAAGUUUAUGUUUCAAACGGUAA